AUGGCGCCCUCCGCAGCUGUUGAUUUAUCGACGUCCCAAAUUGCUGAAAAAAAUCUACAGCCAUUUUUCGUUCUCCACAAAGGAUCACCAAAGAAAUCUGACAAAAAAUCUGCUGCGAAAACUAGGAGAAGGAUUGACUUACCCCCUUCGUUGCCUAAAACUCUGGUUGCCGAUACUGUGGAAGGAUGCGAUGAUCAACAAUCUGAGAAAUUGCGAAUGGAAACUUUUGAUUUUGUAUGGUCUAAGAUUGAGUCCACCAUCAAGGAUGUUUUGAGGGAUAUCAAUGUUGCUGUAUUCAGUGAGAUUGAUCACUGGGUUCAUGAGUCAUUUGAUGUAGUUCGUUCAUGUGGAAUUCCUGAUCUCUCUAAACCCACUCGGUCUUAUCCCAUUGUAACUGGCACCACUUCUAAACAAUUAUUCACCGGCCUGGAUGUUUUGAGGGAUAUCAAUGUUGCUGUAUUCAGUGAGAUUGAUCACUGGGUUCAUGAGUCAUUUGAUGUAGUUCGUUCAUGUGGAAUUCCUGAUCUCUCUAAACCCACUCGGUCUUAUCCCAUUGUAACUGGCACCACUUGUAAACAAUUAUUCACCGGCCUGGUCUUCACCAGGAAUAUGGAAUUCGUUGAUGAUCUACAGACAUUUACAGACCUUAGUCUACAUUUGAAGACUCGUGGAUGCCAUGUGGCUAACCUUUCCUCAUUUGAUUUCUCAUCCAAAAAUGGGAUUGGAGGUUGUCUCAAAAGUCUAUUGAGGCAGUUUUUAACGGUUAGCCUGGAUACAUUUACAGACCUUAGUCUACAUUUGAAGACUCGUGGAUGCCAUGUGGCUAACCUUUCCUCAUUUGAUUUCUCAUCCAAGAAUGGGAUUGGAGGUUGUCUCAAAAGUCUAUUGAGGCAGUUUUUAAUGGUUAGCCUGGAUGCAGCUGAUAUAUCUAUACUAGCGUCGUGGUACUGUAAACAAGGAAACUAUGAGAAGCCGGUGGUUGUGAUUAUUAGUGAUAUGGGGAGGUGCUGCAGGUCUGUCUUGUCCGAUUUCAUCCUGAUGUUGAGUGAAUGGGUACUUAAGAUUCCAGUAAUCUUAAUGAUGGGAGUGGCAACAACUGUUGAUGCCCCGAGAAAUGUUCUUCCUUCAAAUGUGCUCCAAUACCUCUCCCCUUGUAAAUUCACUUUGGGAUCUCCAUCCGCGAGAGUGGAUGCAGUUGUUGAGGCUGUUCUUGUGAAACAAUGUUCUGGCUUCGCUGUUGGGCACAAAGUGGCAACAUUCAUGAGGAACUACUUUGUAAGACAGGAUGGAACAUUGUCCUCAUUCGUCAGAGCUCUGAAGAUGGCAAUUGUCCAGCAUUUUUUCAUGGAGCCUUCAAGCUUCAUCCUUGUGGAAUUAUUUAGUGAAGAAGACAGUCAGGUUUCCUGGAGUGAAAAGCGUGCAUUGUUGCCAGAAAUAAAGCUCAAACGAGCUAUUAGUGUUCCAUCUUAUGGGAGGACUAAAAUUGCUGAAUUAAAUACGGGAAUUCGGGCUCAUGGCUUAGCAGAACUGAAGAGAUUGCAGAAAUUGUGGAGCUCUCUGUGCUUAUAUGAAGCUGGAAAGUAUCAUAAAAUUACCAUGUUAGACAUAUACUGUGAGGCACUUGAUCCAGAGUUGUACAACCCAAGGGCUUCUCAUCACCACACAGCUUUAGACAAAGACUUAAGAAUGACUUCUAGUGAUCAAUGUGUGUGUGGACAAUAUCCUAGCUUGUGCAAAGGUGGUAUCAUCUGUCAAGCAAUUCGCAGAGUAAGGGAUUUGCCACCACCAGCAUUGUGUCAGUUGCUCAAGAGUUGGGAAAACCUUACAAAGGGUGUCAAUGAGAUCAAUGAGAAGGUAAAGGAGUUGCAGUCUCUGAUGAAAUUAGAGGACAACAAGUGUUUGAAACAAGAUUUGACAGACAUAUCCAAGAGAGACAUAGCUCGAAGCAGUUUAAAUCUGAAAACGGAUGCACAAGCGCUAAAUGAGAAAGCUGCUUCAUUUAUAGGUAGUGUGGUUAGGGACUAUCUACAACCUAUUGAGUGUAUGCCUUAUCAUGAAAUGACAUGCUUCAAGAAUGUUGACAAACUUCAGUCGGUAAACUUGCCUCAGCAAGCUUUCUUCUCAUCUUUGAAAUAUAAGAUGAAUCAAUCUUUUCACAGCAACCUGACUUGCAGGGGCAUGAUUAUAACAGAAGCUGAUCUGAUUAUUAAAGUGACACAAACCUUUUGUGUUGAGGCAUUUGGCUGUAUCUUUUCCUUGCGAUUGGAAUUGAAAUUGGAGGACAAGAGUUUAAUGUUGGGAGAAGAAAUGAAGAUGAGAAGAGAAGAAAGAAAUUGGGAAGGAAAGAGAUUUCAAUUAGCCAAUGAUCCAAUUUUCUGUCUUUUGCAAUCCAAAAAUGAAAAUGUUGAUACCGGAGAUGCUGUAAUAGCCGUGCAAUAUGCUUCAACUGCAGAAAAUCUUGCCUUGAUAGGUGACCCUAGGAGAAGAGUCCAGAUCGAUCUCUUGGAAUCCUCCAAAAUCCUCAAGUGUGGUUGCUGCAGGAAAAUUGGCAGUACAGCAUUGUCAUCCAUGCAUGAUACCUCAAUUAUGUAUACUCUGUCUCAAGAGCAUGGUGACCUUAUCAAUCUCCAUGACUGGUAUCAAUCUUUUACUGCAACUAUUCUCCACUCGAGCAUCAAAGUGAAACACAGAUUGAAUAAUUCACCAUCGCCUAAGAAGAGAAAGUGUACUAAUGAGCCUCCAAGCAGAAGUGAAGCUACAGUUCAAGCACGAUUCUGCAGGGCAGUUACGGAGCUUCAAAUUACUGGGCUACUUCGGAUGCCUGGCAAAAGGCGCCCUGAUUACUUGCAGAGAGUAGCCUUUGGACUGUAACACUUAAAUCUGUUAACCAUGGGGAAGGUUCUCUACUUUAUUGGGGUUGGUUUCUCUUUAAUUUUCAAAUAAUUAGAGAAUUCUCCAAUUAUUUUUGAAUGAUGAGGAUCUAUCGAUGUUAAAAAGAAGGAAUAUUUUUUUUUUUUGGGAAGGAAUCUGUACAAGUUAACAAAUCUUAUUUUUAUUCAGAAAUUUUCUUGGAAG